AUGAGCGCGCAUAAAUCGUUAGGAUCUUUAGAAACCUUUUCUCCUGAUGACAACUCCUACAGCAAGCACAUCCUUACAGCAGGAGUAGGAGAUUCAACACCAAAUGAUGGCUCCACAUGCCUGGUUCUCUUAACUGUCCUUGACAAUAAUAAUAUACCAGAAGAAAAAUUGGGAGGAUAUGCUUUAGAUAAAGAAACUGAAAUCACGAUAGGAGAAGGUGACACUGUGAUUUCUGAGUUGUUGGACAAAAUUUUAAUAACUAUGAAGGAAGGUGAACAAUGCUAUGUUAAAUCUAAUAUCGACGUUUCUGGACAAAAAGUUCAAAAAUAUGAACUAGAUGAUAACAAUUUCAAAUUCAAAUUGACUUUAAAAACUUUUAACAGAGCUGCUGAAAUGAGUGAAUUGCUUGCUGAUGAAAAAUUAGAAAGAGCUGAACACCAUAAGAAUCAGGGGACAUUAAUUUUUAACAAUAAUUUGAAAUUUAGUUUUUUGAGAUUUAAAAAGUCCUUACGUUAUUUAGAUGACAUAGAAAUCAAACAUUUAACCAGCAGUCAAUUUAAGCAAGCAAAACUGUUGAAACUUCAGUGUCAUUUAAACCUUGCAGCAGCCUAUUUAAAGGAACAAGCUUACAGUGAAGUCGUCAGUCACUGCAAUGAAGCAUUUAAUUUGGAUGCUACAAACGUGAAAGGUUUGUACAGAAGGGCGCAAGCUUAUCUGGCUUUGCAUGAAUACAACAUGGCCAAACUGGAUCUAAUCGUUGCUCUAAAACAUGAACCUGAAAAUAAGGCUUUGACUAAUUUAAUUAAAACUGUUGAUUUGAAUAUUAAAAAAGAAAAACAGUUGUACCAAAAAAUGUUCUCAUAA